UUUUCUACGGAGAUGAUCAGAGACUUCUUUUAGCCAUACUUUUAAAAUUUCUAUUGUCUUUUUGGCACAAAACCAUGCUUAUCCUCUUCCCCCUUUUAUAAUUAUAUAUACUCCUCUCUCUCUCUGUCUCUCUCUCAUAAUUCUUCUUAUCAAAUAACAAAUACCAAUAGUGGAGAGAGAAACUAGCUAGCAUCAAAGCUCAAAGUAAAACAGAAAAGUAUGGGAAGAGCUCCUUGCUGUGACAAAGCAAACGUGAAGAAAGGUCCCUGGUCACCUGAAGAAGAUGCCAAGCUUAAAUCAUACAUCGAGCAGCAUGGGACUGGUGGUAACUGGAUCGCUUUGCCGCAAAAAAUCGGUCUCAAGAGAUGUGGUAAGAGCUGCCGCCUAAGAUGGUUAAAUUAUCUUCGACCCAAUCUCAAGCAUGGAGGAUUCUCAGAAGAAGAAGACAACAUAAUCUGUGACCUCUAUAUCAGUAUCGGCAGCAGGUGGUCAAUUAUUGCAGCACAUUUACCGGGGAGGACUGACAACGAUAUAAAAAACUACUGGAAUACUAGACUGAAGAAAAAGCUUCUUGGGAAGCACUGCAAAGAACAGCAGGCUCGUAGAGGUUGCAGCUUUAAGCAAGAGGUGAAGAGAGGGGAUGGAUAUCCCAUUUCCAUGGCUCCUAAUAACAAUAAUAACGAGAGCCCUUACUGGCCAGAGCUACCCGUGCUUUCACCAAUACCUUUCUCAAACGAAGAAAACCGCUUUAACGACCAUGCAGCUAUCAGAAAGUUUCUUAUCAAGCUUGGAGGAAGAUUCUCUGGAGAUGAUGACCAUGUACGCGAAGGGACAAGUCCUCAGUUUCCAGUUGACAUGUUUUCAAAUCUACAAUUUUAUAAGCAGUCCCUCAACAUACCCUUUUCUUCUUCAGUGGAUGCCUCAAACAACUCACCAUAUGUGCAAAAUCUUUACAAUAUAGAUGGGACUGAUUCGACAGCGCUACAAUGUCAAAACAACAAUUUGCAAGCGGGGCUUGGAGAAAUGGUAUACAACAACCCAAAAAGGUUAGAUGGCUUGGAGUUCUUUCACGGGGACGAAAUGAUGAUGAAUGAUAAAAUUGACAUGGCUUCUCGUGAAACCGUUGGAUGGGGCGAUAUGAGCUAUCUGGUUUCUCCUCUUGUUGAUCCAAAUUAUGAAGAUAUGCAACAAGGGAUGCCACAACAAUACGCGUUCAACGACCUGAGACUAAAUUCCUUAUGAAGAUGGAGAAUCAAGGAGUUGGGAGCUUCAAGUUUAUACAUGUAUACAGUACCAGUUUGGUGCAGAUUUUUGGUUUAUCUCAACCUUCUUGACUAUGUGUUGUUUCCAUUAAUUGGGCUAGUGGAGAUGAUCGACUCAAGAAAAAAUUAAUGCAUAAAUGGUAUGUGAAAUGUGUCCAUUUUACCCACUUAUAUAUGCAAAGUAUUUCAUAUGUUUUCAUAUAACGUGUUUGUAAGUUAAGAGUUUUAUUUUAAAAUAU